CCAACAGAGGAGGGAUGAAAAGGUGAGUAAGAGGCGGACAAAGUUCCUUAAAAAAAAUCAGGACGCGGACGUGAUAGCCCACUGCUGACCCGGCGGACCUUCCUGUCAUCGCUAUUCCUUUCCCUCUUGUUCCUGACGCGCCAACAUCUGGACUUCCUGCCAAGAACUCCACUCUCAUCCUGCUUUUAUCCUCUCUGAUCAUCCUUGCUACUGGACUUCCUGCACACUCGCAGGAAAACUUUGCUGACUUCCCAUGGAUGCUCAGCGCUGGACGAGGGACCAGGGAAGGGUGGCGGCGACCGGGAAGUGCAGGUGUUAACCUCCAUCACUCUCCUCUCCUCCCGCCCCUCGUGCCUCCUCAUCCCUACCAUCAGAACCAGACACCGGACCAUAAAAGAAUCACAAGGAGGGAAUUCCAUGCGUCUUCCCACUGGUGACACGCAGGAAGCUACCAGGACGCUGGAAGCUCUCAACUGCGACAAGUGACCGGAUUAGCGUUGGGAGGCGGGAUGGAGCGGCGGGAGUUAUUGCUGGAUGACCAUGGGAAGCCCAGGCAGUAAAGUGCCAACAUGGCCGCUCCCAGGAGACACCCUCCACCCUCUACCUGGCCCUUCCUCCUCCUCCUCCUAACCGCAUCCCCGGGUACCCUUCACGCCCGGCCCCUCCUCCUGCACUCGUCCAUCAACGUGGCCGUGGUGUUCAGUGGCUCCAGCUACCAGAAUGAGGUCAGAGGUCGGCUCAGCGGUGAGAACUUCGUGGACCUGCCCGUGGUGGUGAGCCCAGUGACGGUGCUGGUCAAUGACACCAACCCUCGAGACCUGCUGACACGCCUCUGUGAUACCAUGGCGACAGAGAAGCUGCACGGCGUGGUGUUUGAGGACGACGUGGGGUCGAGUUCAGGUGCACAGGUGGCUGAGGUGGCACAAAUUCUGGACUUCCUGUCGACCCAGACCGCUCUGCCAAUCGUGGGCAUCAGUGGCGGCUCAGCUGUGGUCAUCCCAUACAAGGCUGAGGGCUCGUCCUUCCUGCAGAUGGGAGCAUCUCUGGAGCAGCAGGUGGUCUGCAUGUUUAAGCUCAUGGAAGAAUACGACUGGGGCGAGUUCGCCAUCAUCACCAGUUUGCUUCCCGGAUACGACACCUUUGUGGACAUAGCCGAGUCCUACACGGACACCUCCUACUUUGUGUGGAACCUCCAGGAUGUCCUGUCCAUGGAGAUGUCUGUCGGUACAAACGAUGCGAGGACCAGGCGCAUUCUGCAGCAGGUGGACUCUCAAGUCCUGCUGUUGUACUGCUCCUUCGAGGAGGCCCAGUUCCUGUUCCAUCAGGCGUCCGAGGUGGGCCUGUUGGGUCCAGGCUACAUCUGGAUCCUCCCCAGCCUGGCUGUGGGCAACCCCGAGAUCCAGCCGCCCGCCAGCUUCCCCGUGGGCGUGAUCGGCGUCAUCACCGAGCAGUGGAGGAAGAGCUUGCGGCAGCGUGUGAGGGAGGGCGUGGCCAUCGUCGCCAAGGGCGCCGAAAGCUUCAAAAAGCAGCGGGGCUUCAUCCCUGAGGGACACGGGGACUGCAGCAAGCCCGCUAAACUCUCCGACAACAACACGCUCUUCAGGCACAUGCGGAAUGUGACGUGGGAGAGGAGAGACCUGUCCUUCAACGGCCAAGGAUUCCUCUCCAACCCCUCUAUGGUUAUCGUCGCCCUGGACCGAGAGAGAGUGUGGGAUAAGGUGGGCACCUACGCCCGUGGCAUCCUCCAGGUGCGCUACCCCGUCUGGCCCCGCUAUGGAAACUUCCUUGAGCACGUGACCGACGACCGCCACCUGACUGUGGCCACGCUGGAGGAGCAUCCUUUUGUCAUGGUGGAGAACGUGGACCCCGGGACGGGCACGUGCGUCCGCAAUACGGUGCCGUGCAGGCGCCAGUCCAAUCACACUGAGAGCAUCAUCGGCCACUCUGAGUCCUACACCAAACUGUGCUGCAAAGGCUUCUGCAUCGACAUCCUGAAGAAGCUGUCCCGCACCAUCAAGUUCUCCUACGACCUCUACCUGGUCACCAACGGGAAGCACGGCAAGCUGGUCCGAGGAAUUUGGAACGGAAUGAUCGGAGAGGUGGUCUACAGGCGUGCAGACAUGGCCAUCGGCUCCCUCACCAUCAAUGAGGAACGCUCGGAAAUCAUCGACUUCUCCGUGCCGUUUGUGGAGACGGGCAUCAGCGUCAUGGUCGCCCGCAGCAACGGGACCGUCUCCCCAUCUGCCUUCCUCGAACCGUACAGCCCGGCCGUAUGGGUCAUGAUGUUUGUCAUGUGCUUGACGGUGGUGGCCGUCACCGUGUUCGUGUUCGAGUACUUCAGUCCAGUGGGCUACAACCGCAGCCUUGUGAGCGCCAAAGCUUCGGGCGGCCCCACCUUCACCAUCGGCAAGUCUGUGUGGCUGCUGUGGGGCAUCGUCUUCAACAACUCGGUGCCCAUUGAGAACCCUAAGGGUACCACCAGUAAGAUCAUGGUGCUCAUCUGGGCCUUCUUCGCCGUCAUCUUCCUGGCCUCCUACACCGCCAACCUGGCCGCCUUCAUGAUCCAGGAGCAGUACAUCGACACGGUGUCGGGGCUCUCGGACAAGAAGUUCCAGAAGCCACACGAGCAUUACCCUCCUUUCCGCUUUGGGACGGUCCCGAACGGCAGCACGGAGAGAAACAUCCGCAGCAACUAUCCCGACAUGCACACGCACAUGAUGAAGUACAACCAGAAGGGGGUGGAGGAGGCGCUCGACAGCCUCAAGAACGGGAAGCUGGAUGCCUUCAUCUAUGACGCAGCCGUGCUGAACUACAUGGCGGGCAAAGACGAAGGCUGCAAGCUGGUGACCAUCGGCAGCGGCAAAGUCUUUGCCACCACAGGGUACGGCAUCGCCCUGCAGAAGGACUCGCACUGGAAGAGGCUCAUCGACCUGGCGCUACUGCAGUUCCUCGGAGACGGAGACACUCAGCGCCUGGAGACGGUGUGGCUGUCGGGCAUCUGCCAGAACGAGAAGAACGAGGUGAUGAGCAGCAAGCUGGACAUCGACAACAUGGCAGGCGUCUUCUACAUGCUGCUGGUGGCCAUGGGCCUCAGCCUGCUGGUCUUCGCCUGGGAGCACCUGCUCUACUGGAAGCUGCGACACUCGCUGCACAAGUCGCAUAAGCUGGACUUCCUGUUGGCCAUCAGCAGGGGUAUCUACAGUUGUUUCAAGGGGGUGGAGGAUCACGGGCGGUCUGGUCUUGCCAAACCAGACCUGACGUCCAACUACGCCCAAGCCAACAUGCUGAAGAUGCUGCGCACCGCCAAAGACUUGGUCUCCACCGCCAAUGUGGAGAGCUCUCUGGACAACGCCACCAAGACCAUAGAGCACUUGAGUCGGCAUGGCGGCAGCUUGCCCGUUCGUGUCCCGCACGUCACUACGGAGACCGUACCGGGGGGAUUUGCAUACAUCAUGGAGAACCACAUACCACAGAGAUCCAUCUCCCCGCCUCUGGCUGCCAUGACGUCACUAAAACAGCAGAGAAGCGUGGCCAGGCCCACGCCACUGCGCUACACGCUCCCUACUCGCUCUACUUCCUGUUUGUACGAGCGUUCGCUUCCUGUUUCCAGCCUCAGCACCCCCCAACUGGCAGUUAGCGAGACACUCCCCCAUCAACAUCCCCACCACGACCAGACCACUGGAAGAUUCUAUGUGGACGCCCACCCGCACUCGCAGUUCAUCUCUUACACCGACUUGCAGCUGCCUGACAUCUAUACGUCCCACCCCAUCUCCUUGCUCCAAAACCAGCACACGGAAGCGGGCGUCUACCAGAGGAAAAGCAGGUCUAAGAGCUUCCAGUGUGGGGAUGGGGAUGCAGAGAGGAGAAAAUUCAGGAAUCCUGAAAAUAAUGAGCCUCCCAUCUGCCUCAGUGAGCUGAAAGCCAACCACCUGCAGGACAACCACAUCUCUGCUCCCAGCAUGGAGAGCAUCUACUCUGUGGAGGGCACGUGUCCCCAGGUAGAGAACUACAGUUCCUGGCCCCCAGAAGACCUCAUGCUGAGGGGAAAACGAAGGCGCCGCCGCUCCUCUUUCCUUAAAGCUACUUGGGGCAGUGAGCAGGUCCACCAGCUGGACGAGUCCCAGUCAUCUCUCUCCAGCCAGUCGCCCUCCUUGCUUCCAGACCUGUUCCCUUGCAUCCUCACGCAGACCACACCUGCUAAGGCCUACAACCCCGCCCACGUCCGGAACAAUCUGUGCCACCCUCGGAACCAGGCCUACCUCCACAUAAGGGAGGACCACAGGAGGCCCACUGGCCGUAAAGCCCAAAGGCUGAGUUACUCGCACUCCACCCAUCUCCCGACGUAUGGUGAGGCGGUGCGGCAUGGUGCUGGUCUUGGGCGAGGGAUGGUGCGGAGAGCCACUAGCUUGCUCAGCAAACAAUACGCCCACUACCUGAACUCUUAUCCUGGACUACCACUCUGCCAUUCUCCCCUGCAGCACCACAACCAGACCCCAGGCAGCCACCCGGGCCCCAGCCCGGUGUGCCAGCUGCUUGCCUGUGGUGGUGGACGAUGUGGGGGUCAGCGGGCGCUCCUGUACCAGGACAGUGUGUACGGAGGUUACGGGGUCUAUCAGGGCUCUCAGACUGGAUCCGAGACUCAUGUGAGUCAAGGGGGAGUUGGCCAGCCUGUGGGGAGCCCGUGUGUGCUCCGCCCCUGGAGACGGGUGUCCAGUUUGGAGUCGGAGGUGUGAACCAGAAGGAGACAACAGACCACUGUGGAGAAGGUUCGGUCCUUAUUGUACAAGGGAGGUGUCUUUAGGUUCUUGUGAGUUGAAUUAGUUUAGCCUUGAGAAUACUGUUGAAAGUUGGCAAGACUGAGCCUCUCGCUGCUUUCUUGUCCAUUUUAUGGGCUUUAAAUGUGCCCUGAAGUGUGCGUGGUGGAUGUAGAACCAGAGUUGUCCUGCUGUGAUUGUGGUGUAGAUAUUUUACCGUGGAUGGAAUUCACGCUGUGGUGUUGCUGACAUGAUAAAGUUGUGAGGAGAUUAAAGGAUCUUUGAAAAGUGUCACCAAAAAGAAACAAUACAAAGCAGACACAGUAGCGACGCAUCAUGAUAGGAUGCACACAAAUGAGACAUUUUGACAGAGUAGCGUUUUUUUGGGUGGACAUAAUCAGUUAGAGGAUCUGCAAAAAGAUAUCAGGUACCUUCUUUAAAGCGCCUGUCUAUUUUUGCAGCAGUUUACUAGAUUAUAAAGUCUGUUUUCAAAGAAGUGAAGAAGCAUCGCAGAUCUGAAAGCUUGUCUUUGCAGAAGCUUCUGUUGGCAGGUUCAUGCAAAAACUGCACAACCCAUUUCCUGAGAACCUUGUAGGCAAGUGGUGCACGGGCCAGUGAAGAACUUACCAACAUUUUGGUGCAUAUUUUCUUUUGUCCUCCACCCAGAAUCACAACAGGACUGUUUGUCUUCCAUGAACCAGGAAGUAACCUGCCAGCUAGAAAAGACUUUUAACACGUUAGUUUGACCUGAGGCUCGUAGCCGAGGAAGAGAGACGUUGGUCACCAGUUAGCUAGCUGCAAGCUAAUAGCUAACUACUGUCGCAUGUAGCAGCUUGAGAGCCCAACAUUUCCCUCAGGUGUUGACAGAGACCAAAAUCAAAGGUGAAGGAGGUUAGACUUCCUCUCAAUCGAAAAAGAAACAACUGUUUUUGCUAACCUACCUAAUAUCGCUACUGCCGCCAAGUGGCCAUAAAAGGAAUGUGAGGGCAUCCAAUGAGCAGCUCUUAAAAGAAAAGUACACUUUUUUGGGAAUUUUGCCCACAAUCCCCAAUCCUUAUGUGACACUUGACCACACGUCUUUCUGUUUUCUGUGCAUUCUAAAGAUGUAAAAACGGGUAAAAAGAGGCAGCUCAUGAAUGCAUGUAAUGGGACACGCCUAUUCUGCCUUUGAAAACACCUCCAACAAGGUUUAGUGGUUCUCUAUCCAUGCUAACAUUCAUGGUACAUUCAUGAUAACAUGUCAUACUUGUAGUAUUUUGGGAGCUUCCUUCCUGGGUGCAUUGGUGUCACAUAGCAACAUAGAAAGGAACGCUACACCUAGCAUUAAACACAAAAACACAGCUCCAAUAUGUAGCGUUACAUUGGUUAGUGGCCUGAUGCAUUGUGAGCUAGUGUGUGGUGAAGCUAGCCGCUAGCCGGCUAGUAGCUAGCCGGUGUGGUGUGGCGAGGUGUCACUACGCCAGUAAGGUAGUUCUUGGGUGUAACGAUGUUAAUAAGAAUAAUAAUAACAAUGUGCUUCAUAUGCAGCUCACAUGAUGCAAACGGAGGUUUUUUCAGAAGCCUCAUAGGUGGAAUAGGUUUGUCCCAUUACAUGCAUUCUUAGCUGCCUCUUGCUAGCUGUUUUUAUAUCUUUACAAGGCACAGAGAAGAGAAAGACGUGUUCAUGUCUCACACAAGGAUUGUGGAUGGAAAAAUUCCAGAAAAAGUGCACUUUUCCUUGAAAGAAAGCAGUCCACAUGAACACAAAGUGAUGACCUGGACAGCACUGACCAGCACGAGGUGUCUUAUUAACGAAACCAUGGGCUCGUCUUCCUCAGCGUGAGGCUGCAGUACAGCACAGACAACACACAGGGCCUCACAGUAUUUAUUCCUGAAUUAUAUAUUCAUGUGUUAUUGAGUGUCUUUAUUCACGUAAUCUACUUAUGAUCGGAAUUUAUACUCACUUUUAGAUAUUUUCCAAUUUCUGGCACAUGAUGUAACGCUAGCCUCUUUGUUCUUAUUGUAUUCAUAACUCAGCUCUGUUUGCCUAGUAGGAUUUACAUCUCCCCUCCUUUUUUCCCCUCUUUUGUAUUCCCCCCUUCCUUCUCCCGCUCUCUCGUCCCUUCUAAUUGCUUAAUGAUCAAUUUUAAAUGAGGUGAUUGAGCGCUAUUAUACUAUCUGUAUCACCCAUCGUCCUCACCCCUGUAAUUAAUCACUUAGACCAAUUAA